AUGAAGAAGCUGGUCUGUGCGGUACAGACAUACGACUGGGGUCGCCCGGGCAGUGCCAGUGAGGUGGCAAAUUUGAAACGUGCAGCCGACACACAUUUCGUUAUCGAUGAAAAAAAGCCCUACGCUGAGCUUUGGAUGGGUGUGCAUCCCAAUGGGCCAUCUAAAAUUGCUUCGAACGGGAAACUGUUGUCCGAAGAAAUUGCAAUCGCAAAAUCAUCCCUGGGAGCUCACGAAGGUGGAACACUUCAGUUUUUGUUCAAAGUGCUCUCCGUGAAUAAGGCACUCUCCAUACAAAGCCAUCCCGACAAGGUUUGCAUCCUGUCAUCGGUUAAUGUCCGAAGAAAGUACGAAGAGGUUUCUGUCCGAAGAAAGUACGAGGAGGUGACGAUGAAUGUUCACUCAGUUAUGCGGCGAUUAAGAAGGAAUACACGGUUGAGAAUACCAGCAUUUGGUGAUGAAGAAAAGGAUCGUUCGGUAUUGGAGGAAUUGAUAUUGCGGCUAAACAGCGAAUAUCCUGGAGAUGUCGGUGUAUUUGCACCACUUUUGCUAAAUUAUUUUACGCUCAGAAGUGGCGAAGCAGUGUUCAUGGGGCCGAACUCGCCGCAUGCCUACCUGUACGGAGAUUGUAUAGAAUGUAUGGCCUGCUCCGACAACACAGUUCGUGCUGGACUAACGCCCAAAUUUAAGGAUGUCAAUACUCUGUGCGAAGAUUUGACGUUCCAGAUGAUACCACCUCCAUAUUUUUCGCCGGUUAUUAUCAGUACUGGAGUUCGAGAAUAUGCGCCACCGGUUUCGGAAUUUGCUGUACAUGAACUACAGAGUAAAGCUAGUGCGUUGGAAAAUGUAGGUGCGAGUAGCAUACUGAUCGUUGUGAAGGGCACAGCAGAAAUACGGUCAGCUGAUCAAACGCUGCAAAUCAGUCGAGGCGAUGCCUAUUUUAUACCUGUGAAUGCACAUCCGAUAAAGUUGAAACCAUCCGAUGAUUUCUUGUCUUAUCGAGCCUUUACACCAAAAAGAUGA